AUGCGAUUUACUUCCAGCUCGCCCAUUCUACUCCUCAUCUUGCCUGCACUCAUCGGCGCUGUGAAAGACGGUGCCACUAUUGACGAUACUGCUGCCAUUGCUACCAAUGACGAUGUCACAGCCCCCAAGGGCCGCACCGGCCUGCCCACCAAGGAUGCCCCUGUCGACGGUCGCGACGGCAAGCCGCAUCAAGGCCCUUUUGUCGAGACGGACGGCAAACCCGCCAAAGGAAGCGCAGACAGCAAGUCAUCAGCCGCCGCCGUAGAGAAGAUCAAAGGCAGACCUCAGGAUCCGACCAUUGUCGACGGCAAGAAGAUUCCUGAGUCCAACGACGGCAUCAUGUUUGACAAGAACCGCGAAAAGGCCAAGGAGGGCACUACUGGUACUCAGGGUGGUGUUUCCGAAAAGGACAAGGCCCGCAAGGCAAAAGAAGGCAAGACGGGUGAAAAGCUCGUCACCCAGCCAGAGUCUCCCAAGGAGAAGCUCCCUCUACCACACAGCGAAGAAGCAAAGAUGAACGAGGGAAAGGAAAAAUCCAAGACUAAGCCAUUAGACAAGGAAGCCAUCAAGGACGGUGAUAACGGCGGCUACGCCGGAUUCGACAAACCCGACGAUCUGGGCGAAAAGACCCGUGAACAACCUCCCGUACCGCAAUCCGUCGACAAGGACCAUCUCGAAAUUCACAACCCCACAACGACAAAAUCAUCUUCGAAAACGACUCUGGCCGACGGUGACGAGGGCAUCAUUCAGCCCUUCCACUCCUUUAUCCUCUCCCUCACCAUGAUUCUCGUCUCUGAAGUUGGCGACAAGACCUUUCUCGUCGCGGCCUUGAUGGCCAUGAAGCACGACAGACUGGUCGUCUUCUCUGCCGCCUUCGGUGCCCUCCUUGUCAUGACAUUCCUCUCCGCCAUCCUCGGACACGCCGUGCCUGCUCUGAUCCCGAAACGUAUUACUAGCCUGCUCGCUGCUGGACUUUUCCUGGUAUUUGGCGCCAAGUUGCUACGCGAGGGCAUGAAGAUGGACCCCAAUGAAGGUGUUGGUGCGGAAAUGCACGAGGUCGAGCAAGAGCUCGCUGCCAAGGAAAAGGAAUAUGGACGCGACCGUCACGGUGCCAUGUCCGCGGAUGCUCUGGAGAUGGGCCUCAACGGUCGUGGUUCGCGAUCCAAGAGCCGCCUCGGUUCUCCCCCGCGUUCUCCGUCCCAGUCGCCCUCUCGCCAUCCGUCGAGAAAGGCUGGCCCCCUGGCCGGCUUGCUAUUCGGCGCCAGCAAUUUGUGCAGUCUCCUCAUCAGCCCUAUCUGGGUACAGACCUUCGUCAUGACGUUCCUCGGCGAGUGGGGUGACCGAAGCCAGAUUGCCACCAUUGCCAUGGCCGCUGGUCAGGAUUACUGGUGGGUAACCUUGGGCGCUACUGUUGGCCAUGGAAUCUGCACAGGUGUCGCGGUUAUUGGAGGGCGGGCUAUUGCUGGCCGUGUCAGCAUGAAGGUUGUGACUGUUGGCGGCGCUGUCGCGUUUCUUGCCUUUGGUCUCAUCUACUUUGUCGAAUCAUUCUACGCAUAA